UAUAGCCCAUAUUGACCUGGUUGAUUUCCUUCGUCACCAAGACAACUUUCCCAAUUUUACUUUGGAAAGAAUUCUUCUCUUCAUAUAAAAAAUUAAAUUCCAUUCGACAAAUACGGUAAAACUCAAAUAUCGUCAACGAGGUUUUUCCGGCUAAGCUGCUUCAACCUGUAGUUCAGUCCUAGAAGACGGAAGAUGAAGAAUCAGCUGAGGAUGUCGUGGCAGCGGCUUUGUAGGCUUAUAAUGAUUUCUAGGCCAUUUGGAAAGCCAUUGAGAGAUAAGGCGAUAGUAGUUGCUGGAAGAGUCGCUGUAAAGGAAGAAGGAAUGACUUUGAAAGCUUCUUGUCCAGUGUGUUUACAAGUUAUCAGCACUCCAGUUGAUUCUGAUGUGAGAAUGACAGUGGCAGUACACAUGAGCUUAUGGCACCCAGAUGAUGUUCAAUUUCAGUGGGAAAUAAUGCAAAACAAAGGAAGAUCGGUUGUUCACAUGCCCUCUUUCUGCUUUGGAGCUGGAAUGGCUGCUGGGAUUGGUGCUCUGAUGGUUAUUCUUGCCAGAAGUCAUGCUCAAGCAUUUGGCAACAAAAGGUGAAGCUUAUCUCUAAUUCCGACUAGAAAGGGGUUAUGAUGAUCUUUGUGUUUUGCCGCUAGUUUUGCCUCAGUUCUGGAGAAUUGUAGAAUUACGAAGAUCAAGUAGAUAGAGUUUUCUAGUGGCUAAAUGUUAUGAGUUCAUAUUAUUGAACGACUAAGGUUAUAUGAAGAUCCAUGGGAUGAUAGUAGUUACGGCAAAAAUAGUUUUCCUAUUUCUCUGUGAUACCAACAUGAUGUGAAUUUUUGUUCUGGA